UCACUCACCUUCCCCGUCAAUCUUUAAAAGACACUCGCUGCCCUCCUCCUGUCCACUCUCUACAGGCUUGAGGUCUUGCAUUUGUCCACUUCGUUCUUUCCCCACUCACGUUCCUUGUGAAUCCCUGAGAUCCAGUAUCUCUUCCAGUCUCUAUCACUCAGUCUUCGACGCCAGUCACAGACUACCACACCGCAGAACCACCUGCACAGGACAAACACACGUUUUCACCACACACUUUUGGAUUGCUAGCCGAUCCUCACACUCUCUGGACAUCUUAUCCAACCACAUCGCUACCCAGCACAAGCACAAACGAAACACCAACUACUCAAAAUGAAGUCCUCCAUCGUCGCUUCCGCCCUCUUCGCUUCCUUGGCCCUCGCUGCGCCUCUGAACAAGCGUGCCUAUGCCACCAAGACCAACACUGUCGUCGAGACGGUCGUUGUCUACACCACUGUCUGGGGCAACCAGCCGCCCGCUACCUCGGCUCCCGCCGCUGCCACCUCUUCCCCGGCCCUCUUCUUCGAGAAGCCCAGCUCCGCUGCUGCCGUGACUUCUUCCGAGGUCGCCCCUAAGGUCCCCAGCUCUACUCCCGAGCCCGUUGUCCCUUCGUUCACUCCUGCUCCCGAGCCUGUCUCUUCUGAGGCUCCGUCAAGCUCCGCAGUGCCCGUUGUCGAAUCGACUCCCUCUCCCUCUCCCGAGCCCACCCCUACCCCCCAGGUCACUCCCGAGGCUGCUCCUUCGUCCACCACCCCCGUUGUUGAGGCCACUCCCUCUGCCGAGCCCUCCACCGGCGGUGGCAGCAGCGGCGGCCAGGAGUACACUGGAUCCCUCACCAUGAACUACUACUCCGGCGGCCUCGGUGCCUGCGGUGAGGCCAUCCAGGACACCGAGAUGGUUGCUGCCCUCGCCGUCGCUGGCUUCGGUGACUCCACCUACGACUCCGCCACCGGCAACCCCACCAACAAGUGGUGCAACCAGAAGAUCCGCGUCACCUACAACGGCAAGAGCGCCGAUGCCGUCAUCAAGGACCGCUGCCCGGGCUGCACCGGCCAGGGCGGCCUCGACGCCACCCCUGCCCUCUGGGAGGCCCUCACCGGCGGCCAGGGCGGCGCCUCGGGUGACCGCCUUGAGUCCGGCAUGUCCUUCACCCUCCUCAACUAGAGUACUACCGUCUCUUCCCUGACCAAGCGGACUCCACAAUAAGUCCUGCCUUGCCCACCAUGCACGACCACCGUCAACAUCCUUUUCCGCGCAGCUUCUCAAUUGUAUACCCCUUUCUGGCGCAGGCAGGAUCAGCGCUUUUCACGAGACUAUGAACGAACUACAUAAGCGGACCGACAAUAUCUGGGAGUCUGAACUGAAAGAUAUAUAUACGCCUUCGUAUUGUGUCUACUCUUUCGGGCUGAAGAAACAUCACAUGUACUACUCUUCUUGUGUUGCAAUUGACGUUCUCGUCGCUCUCACUUCUCGCGCGCGGGGAAUUCUUUUUUGGACUUCACUUCUUUGUAUACCACUUUAGGGAUCGGGCUUGGGAUCAAUCACUGGUUUUAGAUGGGACUCUGUAUGGGUUACAUAACCGAAAAUUCUACUGUGCUUUGCACU